AUGAAUUGCAACUGUGGCACACCAGUGCGUUGUGUAGUAGACAAAAGUGGCAAAAUCUGUUACGUAUGCCAAUAUCACAGAUGCCGCUUUUGUGCCAACUCCCCCAUUCAGGCAGAGGGUUGGCGUCGUAUUGUUCCUCAACCUCCACCAAGAAACGGUUCGGGAGCUGUUUCCAGUAUGGAGACAUGUGCUAUUCUGCGAUUUGAAGCCCUUCUGCAUCCGGAAAAAAAGGUGAUGUAUUGCACCGCCACACCGACCGCGCCGAUGUGCAAGGAAGUGCUGGCGGUGUUGGAGGACGAACAGUUCAAACCAAUGUGGUAUGUGAAAAGGAUGGCGUAUGUUUACCCGAUAGAAUCAUACGAACGUUUGAUUCUUGCGCUCCGAAAGUUCUCUUCACAUCAGCUGCAGGUAGAAAAGAUACCACCGUUUUUCUUCAGUUGUGUACAAGCUGCGAAGGACAACGUACUUGAGCAUGAGAAGCAGGUGAAGGUGAAUCUGUCUCAGGGUCCAGAUCCAGAUGAUGUGGUUUACUCUCAACUACACCCUUUUCAAAAACGAGGUGUGGGAUUUGUUAUUGCUCGUGGGGGUCGUGGGAUGAUUGCAGAUGACAUGGGUCUUGGUAAGACAGUCCAAGCGAUUGCCUUUGCCCAUCACUACCGUAACGAGUGGCCACUGCUUAUCAUUUGCCCGCUUUCCUUGGUAGACAAUUGGGAAAAGGAAAUAAUCCGAUUUUGCUCGAUACCGGUAGGGCGGAUAGCCACGGCACACACAACAAAGAGGUUUCGCAUCGAUGGAGUUCAUAGUAUUGUUAUUGUACCGUACUCAUCUUUAAAAUGUCUCGAGGGUGUCUCGGUGACCUUUAAGGUUGUUAUAGUGGAUGAGUCGCACUACAUAAAAUCAGGCACCGCUCAGCGAACUACAGCAACACUUAAACUGUGUCGUGCAGCCAAACGAGUCCUGUUGCUUUCAGGAACUCCUGCUAUGUCUAGGCCUGUCGAACUAUAUUCUCAGCUUCAGGCCUUCGUAAACCCUUCAUGCAUGCCGUCAAAAACACAAUUUUGCGCGAGGUACUGCAAUUCUUUUCAAGGCCGCUUUGGUGUAGACUGCACCGGACACUCCAAUAUCAGCGAAUUGCAUGCGUUAAUACAGCAUUUUGUUGUCCGUCGAACAAAAAGUGAACUGGCGAACGAGUUACCGUCAAAGAGCAGGCAUUUGCUCUAUCUGUACAUUACACCAAAAGAAAAAGCAGCCCUUGAAAAGGAUAUUACAAAACUGCGUGAAUGCCUGAGAAAUGGUUUGGCAUUGCCGGGUUUGACAGAUCCCCUGACACCUUCUGCGUUUGCGUCAGAUCCUCAUGGCACUCCUGGUGGUCCUCCAUCGCAAUACUCAGCAGGUAAGCAACUAAAUAUUCUCGAGCUGCGCACAGCAACAGCGAGGGCAAAAACAACGGCUGUCCAGGACUACAUACGUGGCGUAGCAGAGCAACUCGUUGAAACAAAUGAAAAAAUGAUCGUUUUUGCCCACCACCGUGUCAUGUUAGAUGGCAUUCGCGAUGCCAUUGAAUCUGUCAACCCGCGAAAGCCCCUAGACUAUAUUCUCAUUUGUGGAAAUACGGCCGCCGCACAGCGUGAGGAAUUGCUUAACCAUUUCCGUACAUCACCCACCUGUCACCUUGCUGUAUUGUCUAUGCUCGUUUGCGGAGUGGGGCUAAAUUUGACAUGCGCAACGAUGGUUGUCUUCACUGAACUUGACUGGAACCCAUGUACACAUUUGCAGUGUGAGGAUCGUGUGCAUCGCAUCGGGCAAUCGUCAUCAUGCUUUAUCAAGUAUCUCCUAGCUGAAGGAACCUCUGACACCAUCAUUUGGCCACUGCUUCAAAACAAGCUGAGUGUCACAAAGGCACUACUGGAGGAUGGCGCUGCUGCCAAUGGUGUCAACGGUAGGUCUGACGGCCUUGUCAGCAAAAACACUAAUGUGGAAAGUGUCCGUCGUUCUGAUCUAUCGACGACUCCACCUCUUCCGAAGGGAAGGCAGCUAACACUAGGAGAAUGCAAGAGCAGUCAAACUUCAGGUCCUAGCACACCACGCACACCUUGCACAGAGCGUGCGGAGGAAACCCCUUCUUCUGCCGCUGAAGGUGAUGGUAACAAAAAGACCAACGCCACGCAAUUGCCUUCGCAGGGAGGUCAGACGGCGAAAUCAGAAGAGAAGCCUGUUUUUAUCGAUAUACCAACACUGCAGAAGCAGCGUCAAGAGAGGCAAUCGAGUCUUGUUGUCCUGCAAUCUACAUGCAGCGGGGGGCAACCUGCUCCUAGUGUAGUGAUUCCCGUUGCUGUUUCCCCUCAAAUUUCUCCAUCGGGUUCAAAACCACCCGUGACGACUGUGCUGUUGGGAAAGGGUGUGGUCAGUAACGAACCGCAGAUAAGCACAGCGGAGAAACAAGUAUGUAUUGCUUCUUCUGCCGCGCUUUCGCCAAUGCCAGACCUUGCUGCUAAUAUAACCCCUGCUGCUGCCAUUACCUCCCCCCGUACUACUACUACUACUCAGGGUGUUACUAAGUUGGUUGAAAGUCCUGCCACCGGCCCUAUUUGUUCCCCGUCUACUCAACUUCGACCAACGCCGCCGUUUUGUUCUCCCUGCGGUACUGUGAGGAGAACACCUUUUGUGCUUAGUCCCGCAAUUGCGAUAUCUGCUCCUUCAAGCGUAUCUCAGGGUGUAGGUGGGACAUGUGUGUCUGCAGUUCCCUCCAACAGGGAUGUGGAUGAUGGUGUCUUGCUUUCAAAUGCAUCAGCAGUGUCACAAUCUGAGGCCUUACGCAGUUACAACUCAAGGCGCACGCGAUUUACCGUAGGAAGUGUGGGGGAGAAGCGAGUGCGAAACAACAAUGAAACCGGUGAGACUCAGUGA